AUGGCGCCUCUAACAGCGGCCUCUGACGACAAGACGCAUCAAGCUCUCCUGGACAAACUUGACAUUUACGCGGUACCCAAGCCUUUCCGCAACCCCAACUGGAAGCCUCCACAACGCCGCAACAAAAACCUCAAGCAGAUCCUCGGCGAGGCAUCGCGCAAAGAAGCCUCAGUAAUGGCUACGCAGAACAACAGUGGUAACUCGACACCUGCUGUAGCGACUGAAGGCACCACGGGCCGCCAACCCAACAUCGCCCAAGCAGCCCAGAGCCUAAGCACGCUGGUGCUGGAGAAGAACGGCAGAGCUGCUGCUGGGCCGGCGCCUACAUAUACCAACAUCGAGUCAGCCCCGAGCUUUCACCCGAGCAGUCAAAAGAAGUACUGCGACAUCACCGGUCUCCCUGCGCCAUACACCGACCCCAAGACGCGUCUACGCUAUCACAACAAGGAAGUCUUUGGAGGCAUCCGGACCAUGCCGCAGAAUGUAUCCGAGGGCUAUCUCGCCGCCAGAGGUGCACACACAAUCUUGAAGUGA